AUGUCCCAGCCAGGUGCGUUGGAUCAUUUUGCACAACAUGGACUCAGGUAGCUUAACUAGCUGACUUAGUUUUGUUGAUUGACAGAAUAUGGGAUGAAUUUAAAGGAUACAAGGAACAUUUUUUCGCUGUCGCCUAUCAGUUUUGCUGUUCCUGUCAGUAUCUGUUGUCUGGUGCUACUGAAGCAGAAUACAUGAGAAGAGCUGCCUUGUUGUCUUCAGUGUUCUCGGCUUGAAACAUAAAAUGUGUGACAGGUGAGAGAGAUGCAACAUGGGCAGGAAUGGAUCAAAGUGUGACUCCAGGAAGCCAAAGAGUCAGCUAUUAUGUCACAAAGCAGCCUACAUCGUCUCAGCAUGCAGGGAACACAGUGGACAUAUUGCCUGAGGACCCCCUUCCUUCUGCUGUAUGCCGCUGUAGUCUCCUCCAACCGGAGCUGAGCCCCCGGUGGAGUGUGUGUGAAAGGGGACCCUGCCAGCCUCCAUGGCUCACUCGUCAGACCCGUCCCGCAGGGAGAAGACCCCCGGGACCCAAGGCUCACACACGGCUACACGCAACCUCUUACGGAAGAAGGAGCAGCGCCGGCGUGGAAUCCGAUCCUCCUCGCCCAUGGGCCGGGUCAUCCUCAUCAACUCUCCUGUGGAUGGUGGAGAUGACAGUGAGGACCUCCAUACGAUCACAGUGGAUAAGAGUGUGGAUGGCAAGCUCGGCUUCAGCGUGCGUGGAGGCUCCGAGCAUGGCCUCAACAUCUUUGUCAGUAAGGUGGAGGACAACAGUACAGCAGAGGAAGCAGGCCUGCUUGUAGGUGAUAAACUGGUGGAGGUGAACGGUAUCAGCCUGGAGAGCAUCACGAUGAGCAGCGCUGUGAAGGUCCUGACAGGCAACAACAGGCUGAGGAUGGUGGUGAGACGUGUUGGCAAAGUCCCCGGCAUCCGCUACUCCAAGGAGAAGACUACCUGGGUGGACUUGAUACACAGGCGUAUGGUGGUGGAGGAGAGCGGACGGACACCUUCGGAGACCAGCUCCGGAAGCGCCCUCCAAAGGAUCGUCCACCUUUACACCACCUCAGACGACUACUGCCUGGGCUUCAACAUCCGUGGGGGAAAGGAGUUUGGUCUGGGCAUCUAUGUCUCCAAACUGGAUCCUGGUGGUCUGGCUGAGCAGAAUGGAAUAAAGAUGGGGGACCAGAUCCUGGCUGCCAAUGGAGUGAGCUUUGAGGACAUCAGCCACAGCAGUGCUGUAGAGGUGCUGAAGAGCCACACACAUGUCAUGCUGACCAUCAAGGAAGCAGGACGAUACCCUGCUUACAAGGAGAUGGUGGCAGAAUACAGGUGGCUCAAUAAGUUGGCCAAUGGUACUCAGAAAUCUUCCUCCCAGGGUUCAGAUUCCAACUCCUCAGCCUCCUCUCUGUCGUCUGGGACUCCCGUCAGCUCUCUGAGCGGCCUGUCGCAGGUCAUGUUCUCUCCCAGCCUGACAUUUGGUUCCGACAUGGUGGAUGUCUGCAUCUCUACUGAGGACCAGAGGUCUGAGUCAGAGCGAACUGAGACCGCCAUCCAGACGGACCUUCCUUCUCAGAGGACGGGUGCAGACACCACUCGCAGCCUGGGACGAACCACUCUGCUCAAAGACACUGUGAUCCGUGCAGAGGAGGGCCGGGGGAGGAAAGAGUCCCCCAAGACAGCCGUGCUGCUGGCUCUCAGCAGACCGAGCCGACCAAUCAGCAGGUCCCAGAGCCAAGUCACCGUGGCAGAGAUCAAGCAGAAGAAAGAGAAGAAGCAGAAAGGGAAGGACCCAGAGGAGAAGAGCACCCUGCAGCGCUCAAAGACCUUCGUCAACUUGCUGUUCAAGGGUGGACGCAAGAGAGACACUUCCAGGGGGCGCUCCAAGUCCCCGUCCACAGACAAGGCUGGCAAAGGGGGACGACAGGUCCGUGCGAUACCAAAUUCAGAGAUGCUCGGAGUGGUGGAGGACAUGGCCCACAGGCUGCUGACUGAGGAGGAGGAGGCUGCUGUGAUGAAGACGUGCCGAAGGUACGUGGCAGAGCGGUCAGUGGAGAACUUGAUACGCCACCUGCUGGCCGUGCUGGACAGGCCUGAAAAGCUGCUGCUGCUGAGGGAAGUCAGGAUGCUGCUUCCUCCCUCUGACCUGAGUGCAUUCAAUAACAUGGUGACCCCUAUCGAAGUCGAGGCCUACGAUAUCCUCAAGUAUCGCUCCAUCCAAACUCCUCCUCUUCGCUCUCCCACAUCUGGUCGAGCACCCAAACGGCGCCUCAUCACUCCCAUCCCAGACUACAGGGGAGGCUUUGAGCUCUACAAUACUGAGGAGGUGGAGAAGGAGAGCCACCUACUGGAAGAGCUGGAGAAGCUCAGUCUGUCUGGGCCCCGGGGGUCCAGGGAGAGGCUCCACACCUCCAGGUCCUUCACCCCGCUGCUGGACAUACCGGUGGACGGAUAUAACACAGAGGCCAGAGACCUCAGACCCCCCUCUGCCAGCGCCAUGCUCCCCAACUGGCUGUUGGCCCGCAGCGAUGACUCCCGUCCUCCUCUCCGAACUGACAUCGGCACGAUUCGCUCCGUCCACUUCGACGAGGUUUCGCUGCACUCAACUUCAAGCAAGGGGGACACGGCUUCAGAAAGAGGAAGGUCCUCGUUUAGAAACGGCCACUUCAAAGGCAAAAAGGAGAAAAGUGGAGACAAGAGUAAAGAAACUGUGUUCACGCUGCAGAGUGCUGCUCGCAGGAGUCGUCCCCUGUUGUCGCAGGUGUUCAGUUCAAGUCCAGAUCAACAAGUGGGGAGUGAACAGGUGAACGGCCACCAGGCUUCCUCUCAGAACGGACUCAAUGGCUCCGACCGUGAACAGGAGUACAAGCUCAAAACUGUCAGCAUCUCCAAGACCAAACAGUCACUGGGCAUCAGUAUAUCUGGUGGGAUGGAGUCGAAGGUUCAGCCGGUGGUGAAGAUCGAGAAGAUCUUUCCUGGAGGAGCUGCCUCCACCUGUGAAGUGCUCAAGGCUGGAUUUGAGUUGGUGUCCGUGGACGGAGUCUCCCUGCAAGGAGUUACCCAUCAGCAUGCUGUCGACAUCAUCCGAAAAGCCUUCAGCAAUAAGUCCAAAGACCCCAUGGUGUUUGUGGUCAAAGUUCCUAAAAACCUUUGAAAGGAAACUUGAGAUACUCAUCAUGAAUUUAGAAAAAUGUCCUGUGAUUUAUCAGCCUCUGGGACAGACACGGAGACAGAGACAGGAAAACCUGAACUCCAGCCCAAACAUGCUGAUGAUGUUUUCUGAGGUCAGGUAUGUAGUUUUGCCAUUUAUGUUAAAGUUUGUUAAAGUGAGGAAUAAUGACAUGGACACUGGUGACUGUUGAGCAACUUGCUGAAAAACAAAAAUGGCCUAAGGCAGCAGAUAAUGGGACUUGAGAAGGAUUAAGCAAAUGAGUGAAUAUUGUCAUGAAAAUACUUAAAGACAAAGUAAACACAGAUGCAGCAAACAACAUUUACAGUAAAUGAAAUGUGUCCAGAAAGAAAAAAAAAAUGGUGCUCCUGAUGCCUUAAUAUUUCACUUUAUCACAACCCAGGAGCCAACGGCUGUCAAGAACAUGAUUUACUUUUUACAUUUUAUGUUGUAUAAA